AUGGAGCCGACUAGCAUUGCGCAUCGAUAUGUUUAUACAAGAGAGCAACUUAUUGAAAUCCGACUUGCAUUUAUUUCUAGUGGUGGGCCUAGCCGAUACCCUAUUGCGGAUUCUGUCAUAUCCCUGGAUCCCGAGAAACGAGUACUCCAACGCAAGAGUAAGCCGAUAGUUGACACCGCCGUACUCCAAGCCAAAUCAUCGAAAAAUACGGAAUCGUUUUAUUCUGGGGGUGUGGAGAUUGUGACAUGUCAUGGUAGCGACAUGACACAGUAUUCUACAGGUUGGCGAAGGACUCGUCGUACUUCAGGCAGUGUGUCGCAGUCACCUCUAGACGCUCCCACCUCUCAGCGCCACAAUUCUGGUAGUUCGGGCGGGGAGGAGGGCUGCGGUGGCGGCAAUGGUAGCGGGGGCAACGGUGGUGGGACCGUACGCCGCGAGUUCGACUGGUCCCUCGGUUGCGGCAAGUGGCGCCAUCGCUCCACCAGUGGCUCCGAACGUGGUGCUCAUAAGACCGUUUUCUAUGCCAGUGGUGGACGUGGUCGAGGGCGUGGCGGCAAUGGGAGUGGUGGUAGUGAGGCAACUGAAUUCCACCGCGAACAAGGUGGUGGGGUGUUCAUGGGUUCGCCGGGGACUCGCGGACGCGGUUUCAUGCGUCGGCCCUUCCAACACGGCGGUCAGUCUACUCGUGGUGGCAGGGGUGGUGGUGGUUUCAAGCCCUUCAACAACCACGGGACGGACCACGGGCCGACGGAGGAGGACUUUGAACCCCACGAUGAGUACUACAAGCAUGAACAUCCUCACCACCACCCUUACCUUUCACAUCAUUACACGUCACACCAAUUCCACAAAGAUGUCGGAUUGGACGACGUGUCUCAGGGUGGCGAGGGACGGUGGAAUCAUCAAACCUCCACGGCUGCUGCUCAACUGCCUCAAAUGUCAUCGUCGCAAUCUACUGAGCAACACGGAGGAGGUACGCCACAGCCCCCACCAUCACCCUCCAGCCUUCCUCAGACUUGUCAGGCGGCGGUUGCACCGACAAUGUCGGAGUCAGUGGCGACGGCGCUGGGUGCGGAUCUGGUCACCAAACCCAUUAAAGAGGGCUUCUCUUUCAUGCCCAACUUCCCUUCCCGUCCAUUGGUCGAAUCACGAGUACAGGCUACGCCACCACCACCGCCUCCACUUCCUUCGAUUCCACUGCAGUCCUCACAAUCGAGCUCUACACUGUGGUACUAUCGAGACCCCAGUGGGCUUGUUCGAGGUCCAUACGAUGAUGCUACCAUGGCGGCGUGGUUCUCUGCUGGCUACUUCCCUAUCCAAAUUGAAGUGCGACGCGAAUGUGAUAAGGUCUUCUCGCGUAUCACGGACUACAUAGCCAUGCUGGGUCGAUUCCCCUUCGUCGGUUCAAGUGACUUGCCGCCCAUACUGGAGCAUCGUGCAGCGAUGCUGGCAUCGACAGGGUCAGCUGCGGUGGCACCACCACCACUACCAUCCAUUGCUGGCAUGGUUCCACAGGCACCACCCUUACUGCCUCAACAAAUGAACCUGUUACAAACUCCAUUAUUCCAGUCAUCGGUAGCUCUGCCGUCUACUGCUGCUAGUGCAUCGAUGCCACAGCCACCACAAAUUUCUGCUGCAGUCGUUGGUGGACAGUCACCAUUGGUCAACCCAAAUCAGGAGGUAAGCGGCCAAGUGAGUCAAGGUGCUGAAUCAUCCUUCAUUCACUACGGCGAUACACGCUCUACGUUACAGGCCUCCAAGAGCAUUUUCGAUCUGAACUCCCUCACCAAAGCGACGCUGUCAGAGAUGGUGAGACUGCAAAGGGACGCCCAACGUCUCUGCGAGCGCGUCUCCGCCCUGGGCAUGGAUCAGAACCUUCUUGCCAAGUCCUUCGCUGCACUCAGUCUCGGGGCUGUCGAAAACACCGCAUCUGCGUCGACGCCGCCUAACAUCAUAGAUUUGCAGCAACUUGAGGCGGCUAUCCACAGGCAGCAGCAGGAGGAAAAUGAGCAACUGAAGCAACUGCAACAACAACAGGCAGCCAUUGAGAGCGUUUCACCUCCACCAUCGUCUCCUGUUAAGGAAAAAGAGAAUAUUAAGGUUGAGGAUGAUACGGGAAAACUCGCGAAGGUGGAACCUACGCCAGAAAAGAAGCAAGCAGCACGAAAGGAUAAGACCGUGAAGGUAGACCAGCCUCCGAAAACACCGCCCAAAACGGAGCUACCGACUCCGAUGGCGACGAUAGCGAAGAAAAAGAAAAAGAAGUCUAAGGCUGCGGCGGUGGGAGUGGAUGCGGAGAAAGUGGUGGAGGAGAAGGAGACGGUGACGAUAGUUGCUGGGGCAUCUCUUGAACGCGAUAGCGACUGGAUUGUCGUGCCGUCGACUGGAGCUACAUCCCAUACACCAGCCCCUGCUUCUUCUACUUCCUCUCAACAGGAACAGGACCAGCAGCAGCAGCCGAAGAAGUCGAAGAAAAAGCGAAAGCCGAAACCGACAGCAAGUGAGCUACAACAACAGGCCUGGGAACAGGAGGAGCAACGACGACGCCGGAUGAACGCAGAGCGAAUCGCUCAAGCCGAGGCAGAGGCGGCUGCAGCCGCAGCAGCGGAGGUGGCGGAGGCUGCCGCCGCUUCCGUUAAGAUAUCGGCAGCAGCGCGUCGUCAGCAGGAGGAGGCGCAGCGACUACUGCAGCAGCGCAAAGCCCGUGAGGCUGCUAUGCGGGAGGCUGCUGCCAACCUAGCUCACCUUAAAUUACCCGCUGCUGCUCGUUGGGGUGCCGCUUCUUCUAGCAAUGGAGGUGGUGGUGCCCCUACUUCGAUGGCAGACAUCUUUGCAUCGCAGAUGCAGGAAGAAGAGUUUGCGCGGGCCAAGCCUGCUCCUCCUGCAACCUUCGCCUCGAAGUUGGCCGGUGGCUUGUGCGGCUCCGCGUCUUCGACCGCACCCACGCCAGUGGCAACCAAAUCAAAGGUGUUUGUACCAGUUGAAGUACCACAGAAAGCACUUACGCAGUCAAAACAGGUUGCUUCUACACCAAAGAUGGCUGCUACGAUGAGCAAGACGAACGUUAUCUCAAUUUGGGAUCUACCCACCGAUUCUAAUGCUAUCAAAGCGGCCAACUCAAAAAAGACCAAGAAAAAGAAGGCGAACGCGAGCACCCAUUUGCUCACGGGACCCAUCAUCUCGUUGGCACCGAAGGCACGCGCGGAACUGGUGCGGUGGUGUGAGGGCCAACUCUCCGGUUUUCCCCGGCACAAUGUCGACAUUCCAACUCUCAUCUCCCUCCUCUGUGAUAUCGAGGAGGCCGAAGAUGUUCUUGAGUGCAUCGAAUCAUCUUUCGGCAAGUCGCAACGCGUGUCCAAGUUUUCCAAGGCCUUCGUCGAGAAACGCGCUAACCUCAUGGAGCAGCAAUUCAUGGAUCCAAUCGAUGCUUCUGAGUCGACAGGGGAGCAAACAAGCCCUGAUACGUUCCAGACAGAGGGGAACAAUGAGGAUAAUACUUUUGACAUAGAUUGGAGCGGUGAAGUUUCCAAAUGGUGUGAGGGGCAAAUCCUUCGUGAAUCCACGGAAUCUUUGACGAGGUUGCUUCUUGAACAAGUAAAGGAGCAGCAUUUACAGAUAGCAGAAAUGCGAGCCAAUGAAGCUCGUCAUCAAUCAAGCAUCGAAGAUAUUAGGAGGAGUUAUGACAAGGAGCUUCUCCGUCUACAGACUCUCCUUACAAAACACCAGACUCGUUCGGGCAUCAGUCUUAAUGGCUCGUCGAAAGAAGUAAAAGACGUAGGAGCAGAAGAACACGCUAGUGAGGACCCAAAGAGCACAUCUAGGGAGACGGAACUUGAAACGGAAAUUGAUCUACAAAAUCACUUGAUCGAAGGCUUUCAAAGGGAGAAUGAGGCCCUAAUGAAGGAAAACAAAGAACUAAAACAGAAACUGGCCUCCACACUCAUUCCCUCGGAGGAUGCAAAUGCUAUUGCAGAGAGGCUAGUGCACGAGAACGCCCGUUUGCAAAUCGGCUUUCAACAAGUCAAGGAUGAACUGAACGCACUGAAGUCCACCCACGAGUCGGCUCCUAAGAACGAAAAGAAAGAAAAUAGCACCCAUAACAUACAGGAGGAACUGGAACAAUCUCUGAAAAGACUUGAGGAAGAGAGAGAUCUGAAUCGUGGGCUUCAAGACUUCCUGCACAAUCUGGAAGCUGAGCUCAAACAAACCAAAGAGGAACAAUCCCGCUUACAAAGUCUCCUCUCCACUUCCGAUUCAAAGCGGAUGAAGGAGGUGAAAGAUCGUCAAAACCGCAUCGUAACCUUAAAUGCGGAACUGAAAAGGGUGCGCCAGGACUAUAUUACGGCAAUGCAACGAGUGCAGGAGAAGAUGCGAUGGCAAACCAACACCCAGUCCAUCUCUCGCCGACACAAGCUUGAAAUAAUGAAAUUGAAAAUGGAGCUGGAGAAGAAACAAUGUAUGAGGUCCUCGAAAAGUAAAGUGGAGAAUCCUUUCCUAACAACGGUAACAAUGGAUACUCAAACAGAUCACAUUCAAGUAUCUACGGCUGAGACACAAACGGCAGUAACUCCAAAAGACGUCCCAGAUGUGGCCACUCCUGCCGGUGGGGGCACCGAGCAUGACUUUGCACACGGAGAUGGUGACACACGAUAUUCAGCCCUCGUGGAAGAACUCCAGGAAGAAUUAAGAGCGUCACACCAGCGUAGUAAACGAUUAGAGGCACAAUUAAAUACCUUAAGUCGAGUCCACAUGGCUGUGAUCACAGGACGAUCUCCUAAGGAGGCCUUAAAUUGGGAUUCUGGUGUGAAAAUGGGAAAGCUGAAUUUUGAGGGACAUCUCAACAACGAACGUCCAGUCAACAGCAAGGACGAGUGCUCUGCUUCCUAUUGGCGCUCUAUUGCUGAAAAACGCACCCACGAUGUUGCCCUCUUGAGCAGGGAGAUGGACAAACUCACCAACUUACUGACGGAAAUUAGCACGCGAAAAUCGCUUACAGCAGGCUUGUCUACGCAAUCCGCUAAGGGAACUGUUUAG